CCUCUCUGCCUGAGAGAGCGCAGAGAAAGAAGAGAAAAAACAAGGAGUGAGUCCCACCUCAUGGUCCAGGCCAAGACCCUACCAUGCAUUUGGCCGUGCACCUGAUCUUACUCACAAUACUGGUGCUGCACCCUGUAAUGAGUGAGGGCAGCAGAGCCCAAAGGAAACAGAGACAAGCUGAGGAGAAACUGCAGCCGUAUUGGGGUCGAACCAGCCCAGAGAAGCUGUGCAAGCUGUUGAAGUGCUACAGUCCGGUUGGCUCCUCAUGCCAAGCGGUGGAGCAAGGUGGUAUCUUAAUCCCAAAAUGCAUAUGUCCCCAGAAAUGUUCGAGGCAGGGAGUGGCAGUGUGCAGCGUGCUGGGGAAGACCUAUGCCAGUGAGUGUCUGUUGCAUAAAGAGUCCUGCCGAAAGAGGCGACGCACUGGCUUGGCUCACCUUGGUCCUUGCUUGGUGUCCAAAGCGGUGUGCGCCGAGAUGGAAUAUGGACAGUUCCCUUACCGGCUGAUUGACUGGUUUCUGAUGCUGAGUCGCAUGGGCCAAUCCUUCAACUCCCCUCCCCCUCCCCAGGGCUGCCUGAGCCAUGAAGAGCGCAGGAUGCUAGUAGAGCGGCGAUUCAUCCUGCUGGAUCGGAACAAGGACGGGAAGCUUAGCCGUCGGGAUCUGAAGAAGCUGCGUUACAAACAGAUGCCCCUGGAACAUUGUGCCCAUCGAUUCUUCCAAUCAUGUGACAGUAACAGGGACAGGAAGGUGACCCUGAAGGAAUGGAUUGCUUGCCUGGUUGAUCAGUCUGAGGGCUGGUUCCAAGACUUCACAUCUAUGAAGAUGGGUUCCCGGAAAUUAUGUGCUGCGGAACACAAUAACCUUUGAAGUGCAGUAUCAAGCAUGCACUGUUUUUCGACAGUAUCGUCGCUAAAUGUUCUUAGCUUGAUCUGCAGCAUACUGGUCUGUCAUGAUUGCCUGAAACGUUAUAUCGCGUACUGUCGCCUAGUGGUUAUAAUUAGUACUGCAUAAAUAUUGCAUUUUGACCACAUUUGUUUUUAAAA